AUGGGUUUUGGAAAAACUCUUGCCAUCACAGGCAGUGCAGCCGUAGGAGGAGUAGGAGCAGUGAUCGCUGCUCCUGUAGUGCUGGGAGCUGUGGGUUUCACCUCAGCUGGGAUCACAGCUGGCUCCUACGCUGCAGGCAUGAUGUCUGCUGCUGCCAGUGCUAACGGAGGAGGAGUGGCUGCAGGAAGUCUGGUGGCUCUUCUGCAGUCUGCAGGUGCUGCUGGUCUGUCAGCAACCGCCAAUGCUGCUGUGGCCAGCAUCGGAGGCAGCAUUGGAGCUGGAAUUGGUUGGCUAGCAAGUAUUUUACAGGACGAAGAGGGGAAAAAAAGAAAGGAGGAGGAGGAGGAGGAGAAAAAAAAGAUUUUCUGGGUAACAGUCCUACCUGCACUGAUCAUAUUGUACAAUGGCUUAAACGGACAUGGUUUGUCCUUGACCAGCAUUGCUGCUGUGGCCUGCGUUGGAUCUGGUGCUGGAUGGUUGGCAAAACUCUUCCAGAAUAAAAGGCAAAAAAGAAAGAAGGAGGAGGAGGAGGAGGAGGAGGAGAUGGGAAAAUAUGUUUUAGGCACCGAGUGGCCCCCUUCAACAAAGUCCUUCCGGGCCGGCACGCAACUAUACUCGGCUGCUUUGGUCUACCAAGAUGUAUGGCUUCUGGCCACCCUGUGA